AUGGCUUCUCCCGAGAUUACUCUGUACACAAACCACCUCUGCCCCUGGGCCCAUCGCGCCCAUAUCGCUAUCAAGGAGCUGGGCCUUCCAUACAAAGAGGUCAUCAUUGACCUGGAAAAGCCGCGCGAGCCCUGGUAUCUGGAAGUGAACCCUCGCGGCCUCGUCCCCACCAUCUCCUACAACGGCACCAUCAUCGCCGAGUCCGCCAUCGUGACUCAGCUCCUGGCCGACGCUCACCCCUCACACCUGCUUCCUCCCUCCAACACCCCCGAGGGGGCCAUCAAGCGCGCCCAGAUCUCCUUCUUUGUCGACACCUUUGUCAGCAAGGUCCUCCCUCAUUUGUUCGCUUCGAUGCGGUCCGCCACCGACGAGGAGCGACUGGCUGCCGGUGAGGCGCUGGUUGCCGCCAUCGAGAAGGAGCUGGAGCCCCUGCUCUAUCCCAAGGGCUCGGGGUCUGGACCGUUUUUCCACGGUAGUGAGAAGCUGACUCUGGCGGAGUGCCUGACUGGCUCGUUCCUCCUCCGCUUGUUCACCCUUGCCAAGCCUGAGUACGGAUUGCUCAGCGCUGAGCUGCCUGGCUUGUUGGAGAAGCGCACGCCGCAGUUUAAUAAGUGGGCUAAGGCGGUGGUGCAGCAGGAGAGUGUGAAUUAUAUCUAUGAUGAGGACCGGGUUGGAAAGGGGAUGGUGGCUAGAUUUGGUGCAGCUGCGAAGCAUUAG